AUGUCUGUUACUCUGCACACCUCACGCGGUGACAUCAAGCUCGAAAUCUUCUGCGAAACCGUGCCCAAGACCGCCGAGAACUUUCUCGCCCUGUGCGCCUCCGGCUUCUACAAUGCCAGUCCCUUCCACCGCCUGAUACCAAACUUCAUGGUGCAGACCGGUAGCCCGGCGUCAGACUCAAAAUCCAAGACAUCCACCUCCAUCUAUGACACGCCGAAUCAGCUGUUCGAAGACGAGAUCCGCCCCGCGCUGAGACACAAUGCGCGCGGCAUAGUCAGCAUGGCGAACAAAGGACCGAAUUCAAAUGGCUCGCAGUUCUUUAUUACCUUUGCGCCCGCGCCGCAUCUGGAUGGAAAGAACACCGUCUUUGGAAAGUUGCUCGAGGGCGACGAAGUGCUGGACGACAUGGAGAAGAUUGCCGUGGACAAAAAAUCAAGGCCGCAAGAGCGCGUCGAGAUCAAGAGCGUUACAAUACAUGCGAAUCCGUUAGCUGGGUGA